AAGCGCGUUUCCUCGAGUCAUCCAGUUCAGAUCUGGCGGUGCCAGUUUUGGAGUCGGUCGUCGUCGCCGCCGGCAACUCGCAAUGGCGGAGGAGAGCCACCCGUCUCGCUACGUCAAGCUCACCAAGGACCAGGACGCCCCCACCGAGGACAUCCGCCCCGGCGAGCUCAACCAGCCCGUCCACGUCCCACAGCUCGAGGGCAGGAGGUGCAAUGAGUGCGGCCAGGUCCUCCCGGAGAGCUACGAGCCGCCCGCCGACGAGCCCUGGACCACUGGGAUCUUCGGAUGCACCGACGACCCAGAGACCUGUCGCACUGGAUUGUUCUGUCCUUGCGUGCUGUUUGGGCGCAAUGUUGAAGCCCUUAGAGAGGAUAUCCCUUGGACGACACCUUGUGUUUGCCAUGCUGUCUUUGUGGAAGGAGGGAUUGCGCUUGCAAUUCUCACAGCAAUAUUUCACGGUGUUGAUCCAAGAUCGUCGUUUCUUAUUGGAGAAGGUUUGAUGUUUACCUGGUGGCUGUGUGGUACAUAUACUGGCAUUUUCCGUCAAGAACUCCAGAAGCGAUAUCAUCUCAAGAAUUCCCCAUGCGACCCUUGCAUGGUCCAUUGCUGCCUGCACUGGUGCGCAAACUGCCAGGAGCACCGCGAAAGGAGGGGCCGCCUUGCAGACCACAGCGCCGUGCCGAUGACUGUCGUCAAUCCACCUCCGGUGCAAGAGAUGACCGCGGCAGAGAACCGUGCCCCGGAGAACGGGGCACCCAACCAGGCUGAGCUUGAGGCGUCUAAGAAGGAUCAUGAUGACGUGGAGGUCAUACCUUUGUAGGCCAACCAAAGAAAUAAAAAGGGAAUUUUGAUUGAUGAUACCUAGUUGAGUGAGUGAGGCAUGAGACUGCUAUAUGUUGGUGGUGCUGAUCGAUGGAUGAUAUUCUCGUGUCAUGUGGAACCAUUAUAUGUUAACACAAAGAGGUCUUAUCUGCCGAAGAAUUUUAUACAUGUGCACAAACAAGAAAAUAGGAGCUGUGCAUUGUUGAUUGAAAACGUCAGGCCUAAUCUAUGUAGUAAACUUGCCUGCUGAA